GGCCGCCCGCGGAGACCUGGCGCGGCUGCAAGGAAUCUGGUGGCGGAAGAGAUUCCGCAUCAACUCACGGGAUGCCAACAAGCAGUAAGAGACGGGCAGUGCCCAUAGCGAAGAUCCGCGUGCUCUGGCUGGAAGAGCCGGCGAAGCCCAGCACCAUCGCAAGCACCCUGGGGACAGGCCGGCUCCACAGCGCUGCCCUUACCGGAGGCCCGCCCCAGUUGGGACAGGAGCCAGCGGAUGCGCCACUCUGCCCUGCUCUGCCAGCCUGCCCCCUGUAGUGACCCUUCUGUGGAGCUCCGCAGGCCUUCGUGCAAGCAGAGACGGCUUGCACCGCCAGAGGCUCCAGGCUGCCAAGGCGCCGUAUCCUUUGCUGUGCUGGGUGGCCGGGCAGGCCUGGCUGGAGGCAGCGACCAGUGCCUGGGCACGGGAGUCCGUUUGUGCAGGACGCCUCUGCAUCUUGCUUGUGCGAACGGCCACGCAGAUGUCGUUCGCUUUCUGGCAGGAAAGAAGUGCAAGCUGAACCCUCGUGGCAUGUAUAAGAAAACACCACUGAUGCUGGCAGUACAGCACCAGCACAAGGACUGCGUGACCGCUCUGCUGGAGCACGGUGCCGACGCCGACCGCAAAGGUGCCGGCGGCAACACUGCCCUUCACAUGGCUGCCCUCAUGCCCAGCAAAGCGAUGGUGGAGCUCUUGCUCGAGCACAAUGCCCAGAUUGAUGCUCGGAAUGACUUAGGAUACACUCCGCUUGCCGUCGCGAUCAUCGAGCGCCGUGAAGAGAUGGUCGAGUUCCUCCUUGAAAAGGGAGCCGACGUGAACGCUCGAGAUAUUCAUCAAAGGACCCCUCUUAAGAUUGCUGGUUAUGCCAGGAAUACAAAUGUAGUGCGGCUUCUGCUUCAGCACGGUGCUGUUCUUUCUCAUCGAGACGAGAACGGCUUCACAGAUAUGGCUUAUCUUGAUGUCUUUACUCCUGGUUUUUCUAAGACACUGCAUGAAUACGUCAGAAGUAAAAGGACGGGAGAAUGCUCUGUAGGAGGUGCAGGAGGUGCAGCUGUACAUGAGAUCUCUUCCUCCGCAACGACUGCUGCCCCUCCCGUGGGAGCACCUGCACAGAGUGGAGCAGGUGUCUUGCCAGAAGCUGGAGCAGAGCAAGAGGAAGACUUUGAUUCCCUGUCUGAUUUUGAGGUACCUUCUCUGAAGACGGAUUCCGAAGGUCCAAUGGAACUACUUGAUGCCGUCCGGCUUCCAGGUGCAAAGCAACAAGGAGCGUGUGCGCACCCUGUUGCAGAGGAGCGCCACAAUGGUGUGUUGCCAGCAGAAGGAGCAGCACAAGAAGAUGACGAUGAGUCCCUUUCUGAUUCUGAGACGGAUUCUGAAGGUCUAACAGAACUUCUGGAUUCCGUGCUGCUUCGAGGUGCAAAACAACAAGGAGCGUGUGCGCAUCCUGUUGCAGAGGAGCGCCACAAUGGUGUGUUGCCAGCAGCAGGAGCAGCACAAGAAGAAGAAGAUUUUGACUUCUCUUCUUUGGAUGAGGAUUUUGCACUGGAGAGAGAAGAGCUUCCGCUCAAGAAGGAGGCUUCAACACAAACCGAUGGUGAAGGCGACACUCAGGAAUGGGUCAGGUGGCUGCAGCAGGAGCUUGCCAGCGCUCUCAGAAAGUGCUCCCUGGCAGAAGCUUCACUUGAAGCUGAGAAGCGCCACAGCAGGGACCUGCAGGAACAGAAACUGCAGCUGCAGAAGGAACUGGACAGUUCUAAAGCUCAGCUGCAGGAACUGAAAGAGCGGCUUAUCCGGAACGAGUGUUAUGCCGAGUCCCUGGAGAGUGACAUAAAGAAUAAGGAGAGGGAGCUAACAGCUUCCAAGAACCUGCAGGGACUUCUGGUCACCUCUUCUGGAACUGCGGCUGUCCCAGAGCUGGAAGAACGCGUGCAGCAGCUCCAAGUUCGAAGGGCCAGGCUGGCAGCCACAGUCCAGCAACAAGCCAAGACUAUAGAAGCCCUUCAGCAAGACCUGCAAGCCUCUGCCUCACCACUGCUGAGCCUCCAGCGCCAUUAGCACUGAGGAGAUGCCAGAGCAGAGGAAGUGCCGGUGCCCGAAAGCUGAGUGGUGACAAGAGAGAGGAAUGAAGCCUGCAAACCCUGCCAUUCCAUCUUGUGCAGCCAUUGCCCUGCAUCUAGUUCCAGCUGUACUGUUGCAGCGUGCUGUUUAAUAAACUGUGUCGUC